AGACACCGCUGGGUGGCAGGAACAGGGGUGGGGAGAGACGGCCUUUUCUCCGCAAAGCCAUGAAAGACCGCCGGCUCGUCCGGAAACAACCUCGAAAAGUCAGUCGGGCUCCGUUCGUCGGCCUUCGGCUCUAAAUCGGGAAGAGUCCAAGUCCGGUUCCAGAUCUUCAUGGACAUAUCGCCGAGCGGUUUUGAUGUCAGGGGACGGCGGAGCCGGUCCGAAGGGAGUUUUGAUCUUUAGGCAGGCGUCCGGGCCGAGAUGAGCGGAGGUCGCUUUGAGUUCGACGACGGCGGCGCCUACUGCGGGGGCUGGGAGGGCGGCAAGGCCCACGGCCACGGCAUCUGCACCGGCCCCAAAGGCCAGGGCGAGUUCUCCGGCUCCUGGAACUACGGCUUCGAGGUGGUGGGGGUCUACACCUGGCCCAGCGGGAACACCUACGAGGGCUACUGGUCGCAGGGCAAACGUCACGGCCUCGGGGUCGAAACCAAAGGCCACUGGAUUUACAGGGGCGAGUGGACGCACGGCUUUAAGGGGAGGUACGGCGUCCGGAUCAGUGUCGGCAGCGGGGCGAAAUACGAGGGCACCUGGAACAACGGACUGCAGGACGGCUACGGAACGGAAACGUACGCUGAUGGCGGUACUUUCCAGGGUCAGUUCACAGGCGGGAUGCGGCACGGCUACGGGGUCCGCCAGAGCGUCCCCUACGGCAUGGCGGCGGUCGUCCGCUCUCCUCUCCGGACCUCCCUGACUUCCCUUCGCAGCGAGCACAGCAACGGGACGGUCCUGCAGCAAGACGUGCCCACCAUCACCACCACGAGCGCGUCCGGCGAGGAGAGUGCCGUGGCCAACCCUGCCCAACUGGGACCGUCGCGGGGAGGCUUCGCCCUCACUCUCCAGGUGGAUUCGGAGGCAGCCAGACCCAAGAAGAAAAGUCUGUUUCGCAGGAGCGCUCUGCUCGGUAAACUGAAGAAAGCCGACUCCAGCGCCUCGCUGUCCAGCCAGAGGAGCAAGAUCAGUUUCUUGAGGACCGAGUCGGCUUUGAGCUCCAACGCCAGCGACACCCAAUCCACCAUCAGCGUCGGGGACGAGAGCCUCGCCGGUGGGGAGGACUUCCCCCCCGUUGAGUCUGACAUCGACGCCACCACCACGGAAGUCUACAUGGGCGAAUGGAAGAACGACAAGCGCUCAGGAUACGGAAUAAGCGAGCGGUCCAGCGGGCUCAAGUACGAAGGCGAGUGGCUGAACAACCAAAGGCACGGCUACGGCUGCACCACCUUUGCCGAGGGGGGCAAAGAAGAGGGCAAGUACAUGAACAACAUGCUGGUGAAGGCUGUGAAGAAGCGAGUCAUCCAACUGAAGGGAACAAAGAUCAAGCAGAAGGUGGAGAGAGCCGUGGAGGGCGCUCAGCGGGCGGCUGCCAUCGGCAAGCAGAAGGCGGAGAUUGCCGCCUCCAGGUCCACCCACGCCAAAGCCAAGUCAGACGGAGCCGAUCAGGCCGCUCAAGCCUCCAACAGCGAGUCCGCCAUCGCCAGGCUGGUGGCCAAAGAGCUGUCGCCGACCUUCUACCAGCCAGGUCCGGAAUAUCUGAAGAAAAGACAAAUGCCAGAAGUCGGGGAGGGAAGUGAGAGCACUGAUAUUGUCAUGCACGAGCCGCUGUUGGCCGGGGAGGAGCCCGCGCCCACGCCGCCCGAAAGCCCCAUCGGGAACGAACUAGACAGCCUCAUGCCCGGAUCCUCUCCGGGCCGCACCCCCUCCCCCAGUCCGGGCAUCUUCCUCAAGGAGGACCCCAAACUUUUAGGUCCUGGCAACUGGAAUGACGACAAAGCGAGUAAAGGGAGCAGUAAACCCAACAGCAGGCCCAGCAGUCGCCCCACCACUCCGUCGCUCCCCGUUCCGGUUCCCGCUGCGCCAGAUGGCGCAAGCGGUCCCGGCCUAUCCCGAACCCCGAGUCGCCACAGCGCCAAGAACGAGCAGGGGUCUGACUUGGAGAUAAAGGCCUUGCAGAAAUGUGACGCAGGGCUGAAUACUCCAGAUACCGCAACUCCAUCCAAAUCUGCAAAAAACAGAUUUAUGGCCCCGGGUGACGAGGAAAAGACGGGCCCCGGCCCCAAAGCGGUCCCGGGAGCCGGCGCUCCAAAUCCGAAAGCCAAUGAUCUCGAGCUCGAAAGACUUCCGACAAUUAGCGACCGAGAGCGGCUGCGGGAGGCGAGCAGGCCCGCCGUCAAGGUGGUCAAGGAGACCAAACUGCUGCCGAAACCGCAAGCCAGCCCUGCACCGUCCCCGAAGCCUGCGACCAACUACGAACCCAAGACGGCCAAAAGCAACGGUGCCAAACCUGUCUUGAAAGUGGAUCCCAAAGCGGAAGCCCGGCUGAAGGCGCCAAUGUUGAAUUCAAACACUGAAGUGACUGCCGAUUCUUUGGAGCAGGAGAGCCCCAACGGCAUCAUGAUCUGCAUGGUCAUCCUGCUCAACGUGGGCUUGGCCAUUCUCUUCGUGCACAUUUUGUCAUGAGGCCUUUUCGCCGCCACCUCGGUCAGGUCGCCGCCCGCGUCGCAGCGAGACCCGGUUUGGACCCGAGCCCCCGGCGAGACGCGGAAGGAAAUCGGACCGCGAGGGCCCCCCCCCCCCCCCCCCUCGCCGGGCUGCCGUCUCCGCACGCAACUGAGAAGCUGAAGGACACCGAAUGACUCAAACGGCUCAGUUUGAAGUUUUGGGUACGAGAGGAAGCUCUGAAUGCACUCGAGGAGUCGAUAUUUCACUCGUGCCAACGUUGUACGCAAAGAAAACGCUUUUAUGAAAUCCUUUUCUCGCACACAAGCUUGAUCACACAACAGCAAAGGGGGUGUUUUAAUUUAUUAAAUCCUCACAAUGUGU